AUGUCUACAGGAGGCCUCCUUCCUGAUCAUCACGGAGCGUAUGGUGCGGACCCAUAUUAUCAAGAUGCAGAAGACAUAGAUACAUUCACGCCGCAAGAGGUUCUGCAAGCUACGAGGCUCAUUAGACUGCUGAAGCAGUCCAUUUGGAAUAGUCAGUCUCGGCAGCCGCCUCGACAACACAAACCAAAUGAGGCAAGCCUACCAGCGGAAAAGGCUUUCUUUGGGCCCAAUGAAAUGGACGCGCAUCCACGUCUUAACGGCCGCCUUGAAAAAUCUCCAAAGAGAGGGGACGCUUUCGGCUGGUCCCAGGACUUGCAGCUCCCAGCAUCAUGGGAACAAGGACAGUUCGAAGCGCUGAUAGCUGGCAUGAAGGCAGUAGAUGGAGCUAGUGGAGCUCUGCGGCAUGCAAACAACACCGUCGCUCGCGUGUCCAGCCCGCGCACGCAUGGCCAGAUGACGCCUUACAGGGAGCAAAGCUUAGGUACUAAGCAGCCGUCAGACAGUCUAGGGAUAGCAGCGGGGACUAGGCUCGGCAUGAAUAUCUCCAAGGAAGCAACACAUGCGGUGGCUAGCUAUCCACAACCACGCAACGGGGCCGGCGAGGUUGCGGAUUUCUCGGCAAGCCGUGGUACGUUCGAGCAACCCAUGCCUCAGAGAACCCCUUCAGCCGAAAAGCUUCUUGCGGGGAGUCAAGGAAGCCUGGGUGCAACUCUCCCUGUUCAAGCGAACGGUGGUGACGAGCCUCAAGAAAUACAGGAAGUCGGCAAGAAUAUAUCAACUCGGCUUGAGCCUGUCUAUCGCUUUCUUUUAUGCGCUCUCUUUAGUCAGAGCAGUAUGUUUGCCGUAAAAUUGUGGUACCGAAAGGUCUACAAGCCUACCAUUGUGCGAAUGCAAGUGCUCGCUCCUUACGGUCCCGUGCGGCUGUACGAUUUGCUUCAGUGCCCUUACUGUCACCGCACGUUUACCGGCAAGUCCUUUGAAAAGCAUGUAUUCUUCACGCGACGGAAACAGUACGAUAUGACGCGGAAACGUCUGGCAAACGUAAUGGAGGAGACAGGACUACCUGUAUACUCAACCUUGCAGAAGCUUCGAGGAGCCAUGUCAUCAAAACCGUUAGAAAGGCCAACAGAGAAGAAAUGGCAACGCGAGAGUGCGCAAUUUCGAGCGGCGAUGAGGAUGGCAAGAGCGUGUGAUCCGAGGGAGAUAGCAGAAGCUCAGGCUAUAUUCGCCAAGUGUAGUGAUAUGGGAGCCAAUAAACAGUGUCAACACUGUGGGCGGACCUUCGGCCGUGAUGAAGCCUUAGAAAAGCACGAAGGCGUGUGCCAGCGAAUGUUUAAAAAUGGUGGGGGGGUCCUCAGAAAAGGCGGUGGUCUUUGUGCAGCACAAGGUGCUGCUUGCCGCGUGAUGCGGAAUGCUGUACUAAAGAAGAGAGGGCAAAGCUGCAUGGACUUUCCUGCACCAAGGCGAAACAUUGAUCCGUCCAGCUGGGGCUAUCAACAGCGAAGUACUUCGCAUAAUAGCGGCGCAUUUACAUCUCACCCUUCCUUGAUGGCAAAUGGCAAAAAGAAUAAUGCCCACAGACUAAAGCAUCACAGUUAG